AUGGAUGGUGCUGUUUUUACAUCUGAUGAACUGAACUAUCUAAUCUAUAGGUAUUUGUUGGAAAAUGGUAAGUAUUUUGUUAUAUAAAACAAUUUUUUAAGUUAUCUUUGGGUAAUAUUUUGAUUUUUAUAAUUGGAAAAACCUUUAAACACUGGAUAAUUGUAUUGUAGGUUUCCAACAUAGUGCUUUUACCUUUGCUAACGAGUCUAGUCUGUCGAACACGAAUGUCGACGCUGCUAUGAUACCAAGAGGAGCUCUGAUAAGUAUUGUCCAAAAAGGACUUCAUUUCACUGAAGCCGAGUUCUUUUCUACUUUGGCUUCGAGUUCUGCUGAGAAAUACGAAGCGUGGAAGUAUGAACGAGCUCUUGGGUCAAUUAAUCUAUUCGAUGCAGGUUAGUGUAUAUUAAUAUUGUGUUAGUUGUUUAGUUUUACCUGAUACCGAACGGCUGAAGAAGCUGGAGGAGAAGAUAAUUGAGGAAGUGGGUGAAGAAGCCGUGGCAAACCCAUUGAAUAUUCGAAUAAUGGAGCCACAACGACCGGGUUCAGCUAUUUCGGCUCCGAGUAGUCAGGAUUCUUCUGAAGGAGACCAUCAUCUGCCUGACGAUGAAAUAGAGAGGCGUGUGGAGCAAUUGAAUGUUGCUAAUGAUGUACGUUGUUUUAAAAUUUUACAGUUAUAUUUUUGGUACUUUUAUUUUUUCCUGUUUCAAACUAUCAAAAUUUUACGUGUUUUAGGUACAAAAUGCUUCUGUGAGCGGCAAGACAACACCUCAUGGUUACCAGCAGCAAAACUUGAAUCUAAAUGAGGCAUCAGCUUCUAUAAACUCGCCUAGUCGUCCUCAAAAUGGCACAGUUAGCGUAGCCGGUCACAGUGGGAAGAAAGCCGCUUCUGCUGCUGUUCAUGGUCUUCGUGCGAAGUAAGACUUGAUUUGAAAGAUUAAGGGUAUAUUCAGAGAGCUAUACUUAUGAACAAUAUCAAUCUUUUCUUUAUCUGACGACGCUAAUUUUAGUUCAAUUACUGCCAGCAGUAAUCAACUAGUUCAAUAUGCAAAUGGGAAGCUACUCCCUAACAACGAUCAACUCCAAAUCGACCCUGACCUCGAGUUGGAUAGAAACAAGGUUCAAGCUUUGACUGGUCACAAUGCUGAUGUCUUCAUUUGUUCGUGGAAUCCAAAGCACGAUUGUUUUGCUUCUGGGUAUGUAUACGUGUUUAAUGUUAUAUUUGAUAGAAUAGUUUGUUAAUUUAUAAGCUGUCAUUUUACAUUUAAUCUUAUUAACUUUAGGUCUGGAGAUAGUACAGCACGUCUAUGGUUCCCAGGUCCUGAUAUUCAGAAUCCAGUACAGUCUAUGGUACUGAUGCACGAAAUGCAGCAAGAUCAGAACAAGAACAAGGACGUCACUUCUCUUAAUUGGAGCGUAAGUUAACCAUGAGUAAAAUGUAGUAUACUGUAAAGUAUUAUACGUUAAAUAACACGGUCCAAUGCGUACAGUAUGUACUGAUAUUUAUAAAACUUGUCAUAUUAAUACUUCGUUUUUUAGUCGAGCGGAGAAUACCUGGCUACUGGAUGCUACGACGGUGUAGCCCGCAUUUGGGACAGAAAAGGCCAUAUGGUGUUGGACAAGGUUACCCACGCCGGCCCCAUCUUUGCCUUGAAGUGGAACUACGCAGGAACACGAGUGUUGAGUGCUGGUGUCGAUAACGUAAGUUGUGUAUUCAGAAGGCAGUGAAUGUUGGUUUAGGCCACCGUGGUUUGGGAUCCGACCACAAACACCACCAAAUCCUUCAAAUUCCACACUCAAUCUGCUUUGGAUGUGGAUUGGAUUAACGACGAGACCUUUGCAUCGUGCUCGGUGGAUUCCUUGAUCCACAUCUGUCACUGUCAAGGAGAUUUACCAUUGAAGACAUUCAGAGUAAGUGUAAUAUAUUGUAUUACUGUAUGCUUAUAAGUUAUAAUUUUUAUAAGAAUUUUAACUUUUUAUUAUUUUAGGGACAUGCAAACGAAGUAAACGCUGUGAAAUACGAUCGUAUCUCUCGGUUACUGGCCUCAUGUUCGGAUGACAGAACGCUUAAGGUAGGUUGUCAUAGUGGUUUUUAAUAUUGCAGGUUUUUGUUGGAUCUCUUUUCAAAUUGAAUUGUUUUAGGUAUGGAAUCUGGAUGAAGAAUCUCCAGUAUUUGAUGUAACAGCUCACGACAAGGAGAUCUACACGAUCAGAUGGUCUCCUACUGGCAACGUGCUCGCUUCGGCUUCAUUUGAUUGCUCUGUUAAAAUCUGGGAUCUUCAGUCUAAAGUGUGUGCACGACAACUUCAGAAGCACACCGAGAGCGUGUACACUGUAGCGUUCCAUCCAGAAGGAAGAUUGCUGGCAUCAGGGUCUUUCGACAGAACUAUUAAUGUCUGGGAUCUCAACGUAAGUCAUAUGUAGUAAACUCAUACUUAAAAGUAAUGUGAAGAUCGUAACGUUAGUAAAGAAGAAUCUUUUAAUGUUAUCGUUGUAAUAAGGGUCUGUUUAGGUCGGUCGUGUUGUCAUGACUUACACUGGUUGUGAAAUGAACGGAGGAUUCUUUGAAGUGGACUGGAACAGAUCUGGAGAAAAACUAGCGGCUUCAGCAGCUUCUGGAACGGUAAGCAUUUUGGAUUCAUAGAGUAAAACAUUUUUUAAAUGGUUUUGAGAGACUUGAAGUAUUCUCAAACAUAAUUACAUUUUGUCAUAGAAUUAAUUUAACUUCUUUCAGAUGCUGAUGUUUGACCUCAGGUUCAUCCGCAAUAUGGUUCGUAACUAA